CAAAUAAUUGAGAAUUAGGCGGAGCUGUUGAGGAAGGAGACGUCACCGGUGGCGGUACAGGUCAACUGGUAACAUCGCUGCAGCAAAGAAAAAAUCCCGGAUAUCUCUGUAACCUACCCGUCUUUUGCCUGCUGUAUCAUCAGGCAGCCCCUGACAUGCACGUUCCCUGUGACCAGACAUGCACAGACCAGCCGUGAUAGGACAGCAGAUCAGGCCUGUUAUGGCUGCUAGGCAGCAGAGACCUGCGGCUGCUUCAGACGGCACUUCUGAAGCCAAAAGGAUGGAUCCGAGGGCCAAUGAGAAGAAGUGCUCUUGGGCCUCCUACAUGACCAAUUCUCCAACUAUGAUAGUGAUGAUUGGGUUGCCUGCUAGGGGAAAAACCUACAUGUCCAAGAAGCUAACACGCUACCUCAACUGGAUUGGAGUGCCAACAAAAGUCUUUAAUCUUGGAGUUUAUAGGAGGGAAGCAGUGAAGUCGUACAAGUCCUAUGACUUCUUCAGACAUGACAAUGAAGAAGCAAUGAAGACAAGGAAACAGUGUGCUCUGGUGGCACUGCAGGAUGUCAAAGUGUAUCUGAGUGAGGAGGGAGGCCAGAUCGCUGUUUUUGAUGCGACCAACACCACCAGAGAGAGGAGGGAGCUCAUUCUCAGCUUUGCAAAGAAUAAUGCAUACAAGGUUUUUUUUGUUGAGUCAAUAUGUGAUGAUCCAGAUGUCAUUGCUGAAAACAUUAUGGAUGUGAAAGUGUCCAGUCCAGAUUACCCUAAGAGGGACAGGGAGAGCGUCAUGGAGGAUUUUCUGAAGAGAAUUGAAUGUUAUAAAGUGACUUACCAACCUUUAGAUCCAGACCAACACGACAAGAACCUGUCCUUCAUCCAGAUUAUCAAUGUCGGCUGCCGAUUCUUGGUCAACAGGGUGCAGGACUACAUUCAGAGUAAGAUAGUCUACUACCUCAUGAAUAUCACCGUACACUCCCACUCCAUCUAUCUCUGUCGUCAUGGAGAGAGCACUCACAACGUGGAAGGACGCAUUGGAGGUGACUCUGAGUUGUCAGAGAGAGGAAAGCAGUUUGCUGCAGCUCUAAGAGGUUUUGUUGAAGAGCACCGACUGUCAGACCUGAAAGUUUGGACCAGCCAGCUGAGACGCACCAUCCAGACGGCAGAGGAGCUGGGUGUUCCCUAUGAGCAGUGGAAGAUACUUAAUGAGAUUGAUGCUGGAGUGUGUGAAGAGAUGACUUAUAAGAUGAUUGAGGAAAAGCAUCCGGAAGAGUUUGCCAUGAGAGAUCAGAACAAGUAUCAUUACCGCUACCCUGGAGGAGAAUCUUACCAGGACCUGGUUCAGCGGCUGGAGCCGGUUAUCAUGGAGCUGGAGCGACAAGGCAACGUUCUGGUCAUUUGUCAUCAGGCCGUCAUGCGCUGUUUGCUCGCCUAUUUCCUGGACAAGAGUGCAGAUGAUCUACCCUACAUGAAGUGUCCCCUGCAUACUGUCCUCAAACUGACCCCUGUGGCUUACGGUUGUGAAGUGGACAUGUUUGACUUAAAGGUGGAGGCUGUCAACACUCACAGGAACAGACCUCUAAAUAAAGUUAGGAUGGGUCCCGUUCCGCCACCUUUCCUCCGCAGGAACAGCUUCACUCCGCUGUCCAGCCAAGACCAAAUAAAACGCCCUCGCCUGUACAGCGUGGGCAACUCUUCACACAGCCGAACGUCCCAUGCUCCCACUUUACCCAGCAUGCCGUUUUCUGAGGCAUCCGAGGGGACUGAAUUACAGCAAAGCGAGGAGUCUCUGAGCAGUUUCAGUGCAGCUGAUGCAGAAGAAUGUCUGAAGAACUGAAAAGAACCAAACUGGUGCAUCUUUCUCCUCAAACAGGGAACAUCUGCUCCCUCCAUCCCAUUAUCUCACUCCUUCACCUUAGCAUGAUGUUUCUCCUCGUGGUAUGUCACCAGUGUGGAGGAUCAUCAGUAAAAUCAAUCAUUAAAGUCACAAGCACUGCAUCACACACUGUAUCUGUAUAGCUCCUUAUAUUUUAUUUUAGGUUUAUGUUCUGUAUUUUUUAGCAUGUACAAGUAUGAACUCAAUGCUUUUGACAGGCUUUAAGGCUGGGCUGUGAUUAUGUCAAAUAUACAAGUCAGAGAUUUGUACAUAUGUAGAUGACUGCCACAUUAUGCUGUGGAAUAUAUUGAUUUUGGGGCAUAGGAUCGAUUUGUUGUCUUCAGUUUUAAUUAAAGGGAGUUCCUCUCUUGAAUGAAGCCAUUUACAGCCUUAAUUUGUCCUCAGAUUGUGUUCCUUAACUUUUCUUUGUAAACAUUCCUAGGCAAUGUGUAUCCUUCCUCUAGCAAUCUAACAGGAUGUUGUUAUUAUUCUAGCUUUAAAAGAAUUUAAACACAUGAAAUUGCAUUUUAGUAUGCAGCAUAAGAUGUAAAAAUGAAUUAAAAGUUCUGUCUAGCCUUAUGAAUGGUGCAGGAGCUACUGUGACACUCUUCCUAUGUGAUAAAGAGUUCAUUAUUCUCUUUUGAGGGAAGAAAAAACUCUAUCACAAAGAGUUUUUACUUGUGUAUUUGCUUUCUUUUAAAAAAAAAUUUAUAUAUUCCAGAUUUCUACUGUGAUCAUGUGCCGUUAAUCACAUUUAGUGUCACCAACUCUCCAUCUGCAGAGUUUUAAUAAUUUAUUUUAAAGAAAAGAAAGUCAAGUGGAACCUUAACGGCAUGCAAAUUAAUGAGAUCAACUUUUAUUUUUAUAUUGAGAAUAAAUUGGUUAUUUUGAAAUAGUGCCUUUAUUGAAAUUAACAAUCCUGUUCGACCUUCAAUCAGGACAAUUUAAAUAUGCAAAAUCAUGUUUCCUUUUAACUCAAAGAUUGGUGAUACAUUUGUAUGUCUUGAAGAGCUUUAAUGUCAUUACACAAAUUUCAUCAAGUAAAAUAAAAAAUUCCAUUGCUUUUA